CACCUUGGCUAACAGGUUCUAUAGAUAAUUUAAGUAAAUGGAUGCUGCAAUAACAAAUUGUGUCUUGUAGAAUAAGGUUAUUUUUCUAAAAUUAGGACUCCUUUUAUUUUGUUAAUUAAUUUAGGAUUUUUCCCAACAAUAUGGUCAUAAAUAAUAAGUUACGUCUUUGGUGUAUUUUGGGUUUAAUUUUAUCUCUUUAUGCAACAUAUGUUGAAAUCAAAUUGCUGCUGAAUAAGGACUAUAGAGCCUUAUGUGAUUUGGCACCAAAAUUAAGUUGUACAGCAGUUUUUAAUUCGCAAUAUGGCAAAAGUUUUGGUUUUCUAAAUAUGUUUUUUGAUGAAAAAACUUCUAAAUGGAAUCCACCUAAUGGUAUUUAUGGAAUCAUCUAUUAUACACUGUUAUUGGCAACAACUUUUCUCAAACGACCUGAACUUUUGAAAUAUCAAAUCGUAUUCUGUGUUUUAUCUAAUAUAAUGUCUUUAUAUCUGGCCUAUUUACUAUAUAUUUUGGAAAAUAUUUGUGUUGUUUGUGUUACGAUUUAUGUGGUAAACUUUUUGUGUCUUUGGGAAAUGUUGAAAGAUUUCCAUAAAUUAUGGUUACAAAAUCGUUCAAAUUUUAUAAAAAUUAAAAGUAACAAAAAGGAAUAAAAUUCCUCUUAAAAUGAAAAUUUUAUUUUUAUUUUUUUAUAAUUAUUAAUAAAAAUUAACAGAAAAACAGCCGAAAAAACUCAUGUCAUGAUUUUGUUAUUAUUGCCUUUUUUGUUUAAAAUCAAUUUGUUAAUCUUAAAUGUAAUUUUAUAAUAUUGUAUGUGAUAAUUAUCAUAUAAUUUGUUAACAAUAAACA